UCCAAUCGCCGACGAGAAUGCUCCAUCAACGGGCAAGUUUCUGAGUACAUUAUCACACACAGGGUCUUCCGACAUGUGGUUGGUCGACCACGCGGCCAAAAUCGUAACCGACUCGGCCGAACAAUCGCUCCGCUAUGGGGCCAUGCUUCUUUGCGGCGUUUUACGCACCUCCGACCGGAUUGAGAUGGCCCUUUUUUCCCUAUCAAUCUGGCCACGAUUGUCGCGAUUGCAAGAUGAAGUCCCCGAUCACUCUCGGAUUGUUGUUGUAUAAGAGUGACUGUGAUCUUCUCAUUCAUUCCGAUGUUUGUACGUUGACAAGCAUUGCGAAAAGCCUACGCCGCAUUCAUAUUUCAAGAGACAUCUAUAUCUUCAUUCAUAUUAUUCACGUCUUAUCAAUAAGACAGUCAGACCGCUGUUGAGAUUGAACUUACUUCAACAUCGUCACUUUAUAUACAAUCCUCUCCCCCACUUUCCAGCAUCCCGAUACAUCUGCAGCCCGACCAAGUCUACAUCACACAACCAUGGCCACCGAAACCACGCCAAACUGCGGCUGCAUAACCGGCACAAUCCACGCAGGACUCCCAUCCGGGACCUACAGCACCAUCCACGGACUCAACACCUACAUAGCCGGAGACCCCACCACAGCCCGCGCCCUCGUAAUCCUCUACACCGACAUCUUCGGCCUCGCCCUCCCAAACAACUUACUCCUCGCCGACGCCAUCGCACGGCGGGGGAACUUCCUCGUCUACGUCCCGGACUUCUUCAAAGGCGAUCCCGUCAAGCUCGUCAUUGCGGACCUGCUGAUCCCAGUUGACGCGAAAAACCAGAGUACAUUGGGGAAAUACACGGGGUUACUCGCGAACGUGGGGAGUUUUCUUCUGUGGAAGCAACGACACGGAUUCGAAGAGACCGACGAAAUCUGCAUGCAGUUCCUGGGAGAAGUGAGGAGGGAGUUUGCGCGGAAGGAAAAGGAAGAAGGGCGGACGUGGAAGGUUGGCAUGGUGGGGUAUUGCUGGGGUGGCAAGUACGCUAUAAGGGCUGCCCGCGAAGAGAAUAUGCUGCAGAUUGGAGAUGAAAAGGAGGAGAAGAAGUGGGUUCCGCUGAUUGAUGCAGCAGUUGCUUUGCAUCCUUCGAAUCUGGUGUUUCCGGACGAUGCGAGGAAGAUUGUGGUGCCUGUUAGUGCGGGUUGGGGCGAGCAUGAUUCGAUGAUCCCGUUGAAGGUCAAGCGGACGUUUGAGGAGAUUUGUGGGAAGGAUGUCAAGGAGGGAGGGACCAAGGCGGAUAUAGAGAAUAAGCUUUGGAGUCCCGGGAGGCAUGGGUUUGCGGUGAGAGGAAAUCCCGAUGAUAAGGAGGAAAGGGCUAUUCUGGAAGGAACAGAGACUCAAACCGUCGAGUGGUUUGAGAAGUACCUUGUGUAGUACAGACGGGAUCUCAACACAAACUAUUAAUGACGAUGGAUUGGUUUUUUGC